AUGUCUGACAAUAAGAACUCUGAAGCUGAGGACGUGUUUGAAUUUUUAGAUUCUUUGCCAGAGGCUAAAAAUGGUGGAAAGAUGGAUACUGCUAAGGUAAAGGGUACUAAGGAAAACUCUGAAGGUGGCUCUGAUUCUGCAGCGGGAAAGGCUGGAAAUGACGGAGACAAAGGUGACGAUGACAUUUUUGAAUUUUUAGAGGAGUUGGAGAAGAGUAAUUUGAGCUUAGCUGACAAGAAAACGAUUGGAAAGAAAACUCAGAGUAAGCCGGCUAUCAGGAAAGCUGAAGUCAAAGAGCCAGAAGGACAGAAUAAGGACGAAAAAUUGGAAGAACGCCAGGAAAGGGAAGAGCAGGAAGAGCAACAAGAAGAGGAAGAAGAAGAAGAAGAAGAAGAAGAAGAAGAAACCCCGUUACAUGACCCAAUUGCGUCUAUUUCCAACUGGUGGUCCUCUUCUGGGUCUGCAAAAGUAACAAGCAUCUGGAACAAGACUGCAGAGCAAGCUUCUCAAAUAAAAAAUCGUCUCGCGCAAGAACAGCUUGACUUGACUUCGAAGAUUAACACGAACAGGAUUACCGAGAUAGCCAGAAACUUGCAAAAAAUCGUCGUUGGUGAAACUGAAGAGGUGUUAAGAAUUCAUUUAGUACAUGAUUUAGUCAAUUAUCCAUCAUUACAAUAUAACAUCGAAAGCAAGUUCGAUCAGGUCCUGAGCUCACAAGUAGAAGGAGGAAUCAGGAUAUUUGUUGAUGAAUGGGGCCAUCCCAACAAUAAUGGAGUUACCCCUAUGGAAAGAGAGCCUUCAGUCGCAGAUGGUGAGGUUGGAAGUUCAAAAAAACAACUGCAGUUCAACUUAUUCGAUGGCAAAGUAACAGACGGCGAAAAAUUAGCAUUCGCCAACCUGGAAAAUGCUGUGAAAUUAUUCACCACCGCGCACGAUGAAUAUCAGAAGCAACAGAAAGAGGCUGACGGCACGUUAGAUGAUGAUAGGAGUUCCAUUAGCAGUAACAGCAACAAAAUCAGCGAUUUGUUCAUAUCAAUCUUACCAAUUGCGAUCCCUCAGAAGCAACAAAAUGCCGACGAUGACUUUCAAAUAACCGACUCUAAUACGCCAGGUAAUUUCAAUUUCACUCUUGUGUUGAAGGACAUAACUAACGACAUCAUCACCAUAACAAGAUCGCAAGGUUUUCCAGUGAAAUGGGUCAAUUGGCUAGAAGGCUCCAUGGAAAAGGGUGGAUCGACUGGAAGAGGAGAAAAAAAUAAACCCGCUGAUGACAAGAAACAAAACGAGAGCGAAGACGAUGAGGUCAUUGACCCUAGCGAAUGGGUUAAGGAAUGGAUUGAGGACGGAUUAAGUCUGUCCUUUGGGGUCAUGGCUCAAAACUAUGUCAUUGAUCGUAUGGGCCUCUGA